CAGAAAAUGUUUACAAAUGGCUGGAGCACAGUUAUAAAUAGCUGACGGUUAUAAGCAACUGCCUAUAUUUACCACUUUAUAUUAACAAUGAAGAAGACACCAUUGCAAGGCGGCUCGUCACAAAAGACUAAGGUAUUUGGUAAUCCCUUAUAAUUUUUUAUUUUAUUUCUGUAGAAAUAAUAAAAAACACUAAAAUAAAGGAUUACCGAGGUAUUUUUUUUUUUAUAGAAGCUAGCUGAAACCUAAAGCCUAACUAAAGACUAAAGCCAUUUAUUAAUAAUUUUAAAAAAAAAUCCAAUACAUUACUAUUAUUUUUAAUUAUUAAUUUAUUUGUUUUACUAAAACUAAAAUAAGUCAGUAGGCCACAGAUUAGUAUAGUUUAAAAAAUUUAAGUCUAUCAACUUCAAAAUUGAUUUGAUUUGAUAAUUUUCAUUAAAACUAUAACUGAUCAUUGCAGUGAAUGAGUUAUGUGACAGAAAAGGACCACACCCUUAUUUACUACAAUCUACAGUCAUUAUUUAAUUCUUAUAAAGGCCUAUGGCUAUGCUAUGCCUAUAUAGCAGUGGUUCUUAACCUGGGUUCGAUCAAACCCAGGGGUUCGGUGAGUCAGUCUCAAGGGUUCAGCGGAGGUCCAAAAAAAAAUCAGAAAAACAAUUAAAAAAAUCAUAUUUUAUGUUUCCUAUUAAGAAGGGUUCGGUGAAUAUGCAUAAGAAACUGGUGGGGUUCAGUACCUCCAAAAAAGUUUAGAACCACUGCUAUAUAGUAUAGUAUAGUAUAGUUAUAAUUAUAGGCAUAAACUUUUAAAUGAAGGAAUCAAGUGAAAUAUGUAACCAAGCAAACCAAGCCUUGGGGUUCUUAAGGCGAAAUCUAAAGAUUGGCAACUCCUGUGUGAAAGAAAGAGCAUAUAAAGCCUUUAUCCGUCCGAUUCUAGAUUAUGCAUCUUCAGUCUGGGACCCAUUUACCCAGAAGAGCAUUGACAGGUUGGAGGCGGUCCAGCGACGAGCAGCACGCUUUGUCCUAAACCGCUACAGGAAUACCUCUAGUGUUGGCAGCAUGCUAGAAACACUAGGCUGGUUAACACUAGGCUGGUCACCAUUGGAGAAACGACGACGACAAUCCAGGCUCUCCAUGAUGUACAAGAUAAAUAAUGGGCUGGUCCACUGUUCCAGUAUUAAACAGAAACUCGUCCCUCUCCCCCAUAGAAAGCGACGAGGCCAUGACAGGCAAUUCAGGCUCAUACCAGCAAGAAGCCAGUAUAGGAGCUGCUCAUUCCUGCCCAAGACAAUCAGGGACUGGAACCAUCUUUCAAAAGGAACGGUUGAGGCGACAACACUAGACACAUUUGUGUCUAUUGCCUCAAGCCUUCAAACCCCUAGUGCAUAAUUCCCUCAUCACCACCAGUAACAGAAACAUUGCAAAUCCCAUCUACAUGCAUAGGAGCCAAAAUGAUCAAUAAAUUGAUCGUGGGCCCUUAAGAUAUAGAAGAAGAAGAAGAAAUAAUCUUUACUUUGGGUGGUUAAAUUUAAAUAUAUUUUAUUUUAUUUGAUUAAGCCUGUUAGUAAUAUUAAUACCAUUUUUAUAAAUAUUAUUAUGUAAACUAAAAAAAGUCUUAAUCUAAAUAUCUUCUUAGACGCCUUAGCCUUAGUAACUCAGUACUUGUUGUGUAAAUCUAUUUAAAUAUUAGUUUGUUAACUUUGCGGACAAUAUAAUAACAAUAUAUUUCUAAAGUAAGAUUUAAGUCUCUCUUGUGUCUGUGGUAAUGAACACUGUUGACAGCUAAAUAUUAUAUUCUAAUUUUAAGUAUUCAAAAUAUUUGUAUGUCAUGUAUGUUUAAUGUUAAAUUAUUCCUUUUCUCUUUUUAUGUGAUGUGUAAUGAAAUAACUCAAGAUACUUUUCAUUUUUAUCAUUUUCUUAAAAUAAAAAAAUCACAUCAGUCUCUUAUGAUUUUGCACAAAAAGUAGGUAGGCCUAUAGCCUAACUUUUUUUGUAGGUUUAAUUAAAAAAAUGUUUGAAAAAAAAUUAUUUUAUUGAAUUGAUACAAGGCUAAAUACUAAUGCAUCUUGAUCAGUUUAUUUAAUUAAUAUAUAGACCUAUGUUAUUUCCUAAUUCCAAAAUAUUUGUUUAAAUAUAAAAAAUAAAAAAAAAAGAAAUUAAAAAAAAAAAAAAAAACAAAAAAAAAUACUUAUUAAAUAACCCUAAUAAAAAAAAAAAAUUUAGUUAAAAAAAAAAAAAUAUUAAUAUAUAGACCUAUGUUAUUUCCUAAUUCCAAAAUAUUUGUUUAAAAAUAAAAAAUAAAAAAAAAAGAAAUUAAAAAAAAAAAAAAAAGACGAUAACAAAUACUUAUUAAAUAAGCCUAAUGAAAUGGGUAUAUUUAGUUUAAAAUACAAAAAUAUCAUGAAUAAUUAUCACUUUUCCAUUAAAUAAAAUUGGGCACAAGUUUCUGGCAUAAAAAUAGAAAACUGGCGUAACUAGCUCUUUUUAAUUUUUUCACUUAAGCCUAAGCCCAGUAGUUCAAGUGGUGAAAAAGGAUCUCCUGGCCCAAGUAAUGCUUCCUCAAGUAGAGCUAAGGUUUGUUUUUUGUUUCUUGAUUUAGAAAGCAGGGGUUAUAUGUUAAAUCACUAUAUAACCACUCAAUAUAAAUUAUUUAAUAAUCCUGAUAGAGAUGGUGACAACACAUUAUAAAGCAUAAAACUAACAUUUCAGAACAUUGCCAUAAUUUACAUUUUCAAACAUUAAACUGAUAAUAUAUUAUGAAUAUACAUCAAUACAUGUUUAUUUGAAUCUCUCAAAGGAUUUUAUUUUACAUUUCAAAAUUUAGCAGUCAAAAAUUUGUACUUACAUUUUAGUUGUAAUUAUUGUCAAUUUUAUGAAUUAAAAUUAUAAUUGCCUGCCUUAAUGGCUUUCUCAAUGUAUUUUUCUGAAUUUUCAGGCCGGAAGUCCUGAAAAGACUACUGGUAAAUCAGUUGUACCAAAAGGACAGCAAGGAAUGAUGCAAAAAUUACAAAAUGCUCAAAUGCCAAUUAAAAAAGUUAAUGGGAUGUACGUCCCUGAAGGUAGUUCUUUUUUAAACAUUUUUUUAAAGUGAAUUAUUUAAUAGUAAGAUAUUUAUCACACUUUAUCCCUCUUCUUGUAAUAAAACACUUUGGAAAAUAAUAGCCUACAUACUUUAUUAAUGAAAAGUUAUUUUCAUUAAUGUUGUGAAUUAAAACUAAUUCUUUUAGCAUUAAAAAAAUUGUUUGAACCUAUAUUUGUAGCUUAUCAUCAUAUAAAAUAAUCUAAGUUACCAUUGUUUAAGAAAUCAAUGUUUAUUAGAAGGAACAAUAAUUUGAAUUUGUUUCUGUAUUGCAUAGAUGACAAAGAUAUUGAGCGUACACUUUUAAAGCUUGUAUACCUUUCCCAAUUAAUUGGAAAAUUACUGUUGCCUUUAACCCUUUUAGUGCUGCAUAGGUAAAUUGUAAAUUUUGGGAUUUUUAAUUGUAAUAACUUUUUUCUAUAACUUGUAGAGACCUGAAAUUCUGUAACAUCUCUUCAUUUUUGUGUUAAAAUUUGUAUAUUAAAUAGCUCGUGUCUCCAUGUGUUCUUAGACCUUCCUCUCUUUCUUUUUCCCUGUGGAUUCCUUGUUAAGGAUUGUCUGGUGAUGCUAUCUGGGGGUUUCCAAAGCGUAUGCCCUAUCCACCUCCAACUUUUCUUUAUGAUGUCUUCAUCAAUGGGCACCUGCUAUGUCCUUUCUAGUAGAUCUUUGUUAGUGAUGAUAUUUGGCCAUUUGAUGUUGAGGAUCUUUCUAAGGCAUGUGUUUAUGAAGGUCUGUACUCUCUACAUAAUGCUCGCUGUUGUUUUCCAAGUUUCUGCUCCAUAUAGUAGGACUGUUUUGACAUUUGUCUUUAAGAUUCUUACUUUGGUUUGUAGCUUCAGGUCUUUCGACUCUCAUAUUUUCUUUAAUAGCACAAUUUUUAUUUACAUUUAGUAAAACCCAGGCCUAAAAGUCCAGUAGGAACGCAUUGGAAUGGCAUUCUCUAAUUUUUUUUGCUAAGAAACAAAUACAUAUUUAUUUUUGGAGGGGGAAUCUUGGUUGAGUUCCCUCAAUUUUUUUUCCAGUUUCCAGGACUUGAUCCAUGGUGAAGCAUAUACUUUUGAACUGUCAAUGUCAACAACAAGAAUUUAUUGUUUUGUUUGUUUUUUCUAAUAAAAUACAAUGCUAUGUGCAUUGGGAAAGAUAAAAAUAAUAAAACAAGGGUUAUUCGGAUACUAAUAUCAAUCGAUUUGGAUAAUCCUCUUUUGGAAAAGCCAUUCCAUUUUGUACUAUGUACUAUUUUACAACACAUAACUCAAAUAAUGCUUAGAUACUGAAUACUGUACAAAAAAACAUACACUGAUAAUUUCAUGCAAAAUAUAUGAAGGUAUAAUUGUAUCUAUGCAGCCUGUUAGUGUUGUAAAAUUAUGCUGCCUGAAAAGUGUUACCUGUUCAAUUAUUAUGUCAUUCUAAUAAAUACUGUUGGCCCAGAUGUAAUUAUUUAAUUCAAAUAUUCAGGUUAUAGGAUGCGGGUUAUCAAACCUGCUGAAAAGUAUGAUGUGGUCUCAAUGGCUAAAGCAAUGAAUGAUGACUUUGCUCCAAAACUGAAGGAACUUUUUGAUACAGAAACUACAGCUGCUAUUGAAGCUCAAAAGACAGGUAAAUUGUAGAAUUUGAGCAUAAAAAUCAAAAUGGAAUAACCAGUUACUGCGUGACAGUAUAAAUAUGCAUAUUGUAAUAAGAAAAGUCUGCCAUCAGAUGAGGCUUCCCAAUUGUCAUUAUCUUGUUAAAAUUUACUUUCUAAAAAAACUCCUUGUGAAAUCGAGUCACCCUAAAACUUAUUUAUACCCAAAAGGUGUUUACAUUGGAUGGCGGUGUCCAGAAUUCCAGCAUGAUUGUCAACGCAUUCACUUUACAUCCAGAUGUUUUUGUGACCAUAAAUUGUCUGAACAUGCUCCUUACAACGGUAAUAAUGCUGUUUUUUUUCAUUUCACUAAAGAAUGUAUUCUUUAAUUAAUCAUACAAUUGAACUUUGUUGAUUGGAGAUUAACAUUUUAAAAUAAAAGAAUGAAUAUGAGAGCUCAUUUAAGUUUGAAUAAUUUCUUUUACAUUAUUUACACUUAAUUCUCCUUCAAAUGGAAAAAAAUACAAUGUGGCCCUAACUUUUGUCAAUCACAGAGAAAUAAAAUGUCUUCCAUCUCCAAUAAAUAAUUAAACCCUAUUUUUAUUUUAUUGCUGGCACAAAUGUGAAACAGGGCUUUUCUCAUGCAACAAAAAAAAUUAAACAGAUUCAAAUUUUAUGUAAAUGAAUUGAAUAAUAAUUAUGAACAAAUAUCAUUUUAUUAAUUAUAUUUUUUCAUACCGUUUGCCUUUUAUUUUAUAAAAUGAUGGGAUGGUUAUUUGAUUCAGCUCUUAGUGUCAAAGUGCCAUGUAGAAUGGUAGGUUGUACUUGUAAAGCCUACAUGUGGGUACCAAAUAGACCUGAAGACAUUGGGGAAUUCUGGUUGCCUAAAAGGCCAGGUUUUGAUGCAGCUGCUUGGAGAGCAAAAUGCAAAUGCAAACACACUCACAACUUCCAUGAUCCCAAUAGACCUCACCGUUGUAAAACUAGUGGUAAAUAUUAGAUUUUGAGUUUAUUAUUCUCAUUAACAUAAGCAUGUUUGUACUUAAGAAAUAUAUAGAUGUGAUAAAGUAAAAUAGAAGAUCAGAAUAUAAACCAAUGAAGGAAUUAGGUUGAACUAAUUUAGAAAUGAAACAUAGGCAUGUAAUUUUUUUCCCCAAAUGAAGUUUAUUUAAAUAUAUUCUCUGAUACAAUGUCAGAUUUAAAGUUAAAAUAAAAAUUUAAAGAUUAUUAUUAUUUCUUAUUUCAUUACUUUUCACAUUUAAUAUAAGUUUAAAAUUUUUGUCAGGUUGUUCAUGUGGAAACUUCAUGUCUGACUUCCUAUGUGCAGCAUGUGAUAGACACUGGGAAGAUCAUCAGACAUUUUUUGAUUCAGAACAAUCACGGCGUGAGCAAGGACUUCCUGUUGGUAAGAAUAAUCUGGAAAACGGAAAGGCCAAAAGAGAUUUUCUUGAGAAUAUUAUUUUUCUGAGGGCUUAUAAAAUAAUGUUUACUUCAAAAUGUUUAUCUUUUAAAAUCAGUUAGUUCAUCUUCAUGUUAAGGUUAAAUGCCUGAACUAAUUUGAUAGUGCUGGUAGAAAACUUUAAUACUGAUUUGACUCAUAUUUUUUUAACUUGAUAGUUAAAAAAUUAAUUUUUGAUAUUCAAUGUAAGUGUCAAAACUCUAUAAAUAUAAUUUAUAGGCAUACACUACUUAAUUAAAGAUAUUUUAAACUGUAUAAUUUUAUGUUAGGCACUGACUGGAUCCCAUUUGCUGAGAUGCCUGAUUUACGCAACAUAGCUUUGACAGGAAAUGAACAAGAUGAAAGUCGAUAUCUGGCCCUUAAACAGUUUGACGCCAUUCCAGAUAAUGCUGUCACAGGAAAUAAUACAGUUGUUCCCUUUAAGGGAGGGAGAGGUGGAACGAGUCGUGGUGGGCCUGGUUUUAAGCCUACAUACGAUUAGAUAUUGCUCUGGUAAACAGAGCUAACAAAUGUAACUGAUUUCAAUUCCUGUUAAUGUAGCGUCAAAUAAAAUUACUUUAAAAUGGUAAAAUUACAGUAAUUGACCAAAAAUGCAUGUAAUAAAACUUUUGAUUUUGAAAUUUAAUGUCCUAAUUUCAUUAGUUUAUCUACCUCUUAGAUUAUUAGAAGAUUUUAUUUAUAAAUUAUUAUCUAGCAUUAAUAAGAUGCUUAUAUCUUUUAAUUUUAACCCCAAGGACCAAUAUUAUCUUUUAGGUAACUAUACUGAAUUGGUAAUUUAAUGUAUAGUCUGAUACAUUUUUAUUUUUUAAAUUUUGUCGUCAAAAAGAAAUACUUUCAAUGUAUAAUAUGUACCACUGGUUUUAAACCUUCUCAAUUUUUUAAAACUGACGAAUUUGAAAAUGGGCAAAAAUAAUAAUAAUAAUAAUAAUAAAGUUUAUUUCAAAAACACGCUUCAUCCCCAAAGGCUCGAAGCGCGGUACAAAAGUAAAAAAAAAAAAACAAGUCUAUAAUUUACCACAUUUAAAACAAACGCAACACUACAAAAACUAAUUAUAAGCAUAGGUAAGAGUUAAAAAGUAACAUGCUAGCAUUAGUUUUUUAAGCCCUAUAAUUAGGACAACAAUUUAAUAAAAUAAAACAUCUGCAAAUGGAAACUUGUUUCAUAUAGCUGAUGAUAGUUUUUUUUUAAAGCUCCAACUAAAAAUGCCAAACCUUACACAUUUUACUGUUUUUUGUUUGUGCACAUGAAAAUGCUAUGUCUUAAAUAUUUUAUUAAAACAAGAAAACAUCAGAUAAAUAGAAAAAAAAUAAUUCCAUUACAGCACUACUAUCCUCCUCAUCCUCAUCCUCAUGUCCCUUAGUCCUUGGACUGUUGGGGCGCCACAGAUGACAUGUGAACCAUCCUCCUCCAUUCCUCUCUGUCUUCAGCACUACGCACUGCAUCGUCCAGUGUUAGUCCUGUCCACUCUUUGAUGUUAUCCUCCCAUCUUUUUCUUUGUCUUUCUCUUCUUGUGGUGCCCUGCAAUAUUUCUUUGGCAAGCCCUUGUUUCCUUUUACGUGGCCGUACCAUGGUAGUUUGCGUUUUUUCACAGUCACCAGUAGGUCAUCGUACUCCCCAAUUGCCUAACGAACCCUUUCUUUCACUGUAUCAUUGGAGAUGUGGUCCCUAUAGCAGAUGCCGAAAAUGCUUCUGAAGCAUCCCUUCUCCAUCGCCUUUAUUUUGCUUUCAAGAUAGGCUGUUAAUGUCCAGGAUUCGCAGGCAUACAGGAAAAUAGUACAUUUUUCCCCCAGAAUAUUUCGUUUAUGUGUUGUUUCUUUAUUUUUAUUAAAAAAAUAUAAGAAAUAAGCUAGUGUGAAUAGGCAUAAUGAAUGUCUAAGCUGACAUUUUAUAUUGAUAUUGUGCAUUUAUACAUAUCUUCUUCCACACUAUGAUACAUUUUGACAUAAAAAUACUGUGCUACUGUUUUAAAAAUUGUAUAGAUUUUAAAAUAUAUAUAACGUUCAUAUUAUGUUUUUUUUGCACCCUAC